AAUGCACAUAAAUAUUAAAUGUUUUGCUAAUGCUGUAAUAUUCUUAAUUCAAUAAGAUUUAAAAAUUAAUAGAAAUAUGUAAAUGAAAUUACGAAUCUCAACCUCUAUUACUAGAAUACAUGUAUUAUGGCCGAAUUUAAACAAAAACUAAAGAAUCUGUUAGAUACGAAAGUAAGUUCACACCUUAUAUAAAAAUUAAGACUAAUAAUAUUUAUUAUUAUUAGUUAUUAUUAUAUUAUUAUUAAGAACCAUAAUUUAGUGGUUAAUUUUGUUACUUUAAUAUUUACAAAACAAAUACAUAUUUAUAUCAAAGUAAUCAUCAUUGGUGUCACAGCAACAGUCACCAAAUGUGACUGUUGCUCUUUAUGGUAGACAAUGAAUAAUAAAUUAACUUGUAUUCUGUUGAGACAUUUAAAAUUAUUUUGUUAGCUAUUUUUAAAUAAUUGUAUUCAAUAUAAAACUGCUUAUAUAAUGUUUAAAAUGUUUUUAUUAUACUACAGUACAAUUUUAAUCAUGUAUUAUUUUUACAGACUACUGUGAAAGUUCCACUGAUAGGAUCACAAGACUUUUGGGAUGGUUCUAACAAAAAAUCUGACUCACUAUUAUUGAAAGCUGUUAAACAUGAAAAACCUUUUGAAAAAUGUGAUGCAGAAAUCAUAUCAAAUAUAGAUCAAGUGUAUUUUAAUAAUUCUGACUUCGAUUUUGCUAGAUUUGAACUAGAAGUAGGUUUUAAAUUCUUAGUAUUAUAAUUUGUUGAUACAUAUAUAUGUAACAACAUUAACUUCAUACCUAUUCCAUAGAUUAUCAGCUUUUAUGUUAAAACAUUUUUUUUUUUAAUCUAUCAAUCAAUUUUGUUUAUUAAAUUUAAUAUCAGUUAUAACCUAUAUAUUUAUAACUUUAGAAAUUGGCAGAAAUCCUUGAUAAGAGAUUGACUGCAAAUGAUAUAAAAAAAUUAAGAGCACAACAUGAAAUUGUUGAAAAACAGCUGUUACAGUUGAUUUUAGAAAACCAAGCUGCAUGUGAUGAUGAAUUAGACAAGUACACUAUAUUAUAUAAUUUUAAAUGUUCAUAUUUAUAAAAAAAAACUUUAGUUGAUAAAUUUUACUUAUAGAAUUGGAAUGCUACAGAAUGAUUUGAAAUGUAGUUUAGAAAAUUGUGAACAUGCUAAAAAUCGUUUAAAAUUAGCAAAACGGCAAAUCACUACAGCUGGCUUAGGUCUUUUGGGUAAUUGUCGAAAAAAGUCUUUGAUCCUUGACUUAUUAAAUUGUUUAAACAAUAUAAAAAUGCUGGUAAGAUUUAAUUUAUUAACAAAGGUUUAGUUUUCAUGAGUGACUUAACUUAAAAUAUUUAUUUUCAGUUACAAACUGAAAAAAAACUUGAAGAAUUAGUGUCUAAAGCAAACUAUGCAAAAGGAAUUGCUUUAUUGUUGGAAUGUAUACAAGGGGCUUCCGCUUUUAAACAAUUUACUUGCAUAGCCGCCUUAUCUGUUAAACUUCAAGAUGCAUUAGUUAUGACGGAAGAACAAUUAGACAUUGUUUUAUCAAAUGUAUGUAUAAUUUCAACUAAUAUUUUAAUAAUUCUAUAAAGCAGACAAUUUUAAAUAAUUAGUUAUAAUUUUAUAAAUUGAAUACAAAAUAAUAUAUAGGUAUAAGGAAUAUAUAUAUACAGGAUAAUCCACAAAGUGUGCUCACCCCAUUUUCUUUUGUUCAAAUUCUGAUUUUUGAAAUUUUUAAGUGUAGUUAAAGCUGAUAUUUUCGAUUACUUAGAUUUUUCACAAUAUUUAAGAUGUUUUCUGUGGCAAUGCCAACUAAGGUUUUUCAACUAAGUACCUAUAUUAAAAAAAAAAACAUUUACAGACGGACUAUUACUUUAAACUAAUGUUGGUUUCAAACCCCCUAUUCCCCCUACCUAAACUUAAAAUUGGAAUGUCUCGUCAUCAGCUUUAAAUACACUUACAAAUUACAAAAAUCAGAAUUUGAAUGUAUGCGAAAUUUAACCAAAAAAAUAGGAUGAGCAUGAAUCAUCCUGAAUGAAUCAUCCUGUAUAAAAAUUGAUAAUUAUAAUAUUUAUUGUUAUUAGAUGUGUUUUAAUUUUGACCACACAAAGUAUUCAGCUGUUCAAGAAGCUUAUAGACGUCUAGGUAAAACAAGAAUUGCUAUUGAUCAAUUACAUAUGCAUUAUACAUCAGCGAUCCAUAGUGCUUCAUUUGAUACCAUCAAUCUAUUUGUAGAUACAGAGAGGGUGGAAAAUAAUAAAAAUUCAUUUGCUCUUUUGUGUCAGGUUACCAUUCAUUACAUUUUAUUUAUUAGAGUACUUUUUGGUUGUAAAUUAAUUAUUGUUGUGGUGUUUAAAAUAGUGUGUUCCAGAUGAACAAUUAAUUCCUUGUCUUAUCGCAUUAAGUAAAAUAUUUUGGAACAUAUUGCAAAGCUAUAAAAAAGUUGCAGAUUGGCAUAGAGAAUUAAAAGAUGUAACUGCUGACAGUGAAGGUAUACUGUUUUCAUUUGUGCAUUUAAAAUAUAAAUUUAAAACUUUGUUAUUAUUAUUUAUUAAUAUUCACAAUGCAUAUCACAAUGUUAUGUAUGAAUUGAUACAUUUUUGUAUUCCAGAUGAUAUUGAAGAAUAUGUAAAUCAAGAAUAUAUAAGUAAAAAAUUUGAAAUUGGGCCAACCCGAUUAUGGGGUGACAUUGUUACCAAAAUUUCUAAUCUAGUAUUCAAUUCCAAUAUAACAAAAUUUAAAUUUGAUGAUUUUCUCCAAGUAUUAUCUAUAUUAAAUAAGUAGGUACUCAAAAUUAUUUUAUUACAAAUAUAUUUUUUAAACCAAAAACUACAGUUUAUUUAUGUGUUUUGCAAAUUUGUGUAUACAUUUAGUAUUUAUUGUUUAUGUUAUAAUGAACUAUACCAGUAUUUUCCAAAUUUUUUUAUUCUACACCUCCCUUACAGAUUUUCAAAAAUUUAAUAUCUCCCCGUAUUAAUUAAAAAUAUGAGAUAAAUAGUUCUUAGUGGGGUUUAAAUAUGGUAAAUUUUCAUAUUUUAUUCUUAAAGUUUUAUCAUUGCUAUAUUACCCCCAGCAAUACCUAAAUUCCUCUCUAGGGGAAAUUUCUCUUUCCCUUCGUUGGGAAACACUGAAUUAUACUGAUCUCAUAUUUUAAAUAGUAAAAUAUUUCAUUGGUGGACAGUAUUGACAAUACCUUUUGGAUUGACAUUAAUUCCUUGUUUUGUUUCCAUAAUUUUAUUUUAAUUUGCCUGGUAAAAAUCUAAAUUCUUAAAACAUUUUGACACUGAAACUAAUUUUAAAAAACUUUAAUUGUUUUUUUAUUAUUUUAUGUCAAAAUUCUAUCAUUCUCUUUUUACUAAAUUAAGAAAAUGUAGUAGUAGGUAUAUUAAAUAAAGUAACUUACAUUAUUAAGUAACUUCUUAUUACGAAUGGUAUUAGUCUUAUACUAUAAAAUAUAAGCAUUUUUAAAUAGCUUAUAAUAUUUAAUUUUAGGCAUAUUAAAAUCGGGGAAGAAUUUUGUAACAGUAAAUCUGAACAGCUACAAAAUGAUACAAAAAAGUCUUGUAUUACUUAUUUUCAAACCUUUCAUAAAAAUUGUCUAGAUGAGCUUACAAUAUUUUUUGAAAAUGAAAGUUGGACUCCUUGUCCGGUAAAGCGUGAAUUUAAUUUAUUUCAGUUGCAAGUAAUUACAUUUCAUUAUUAUUAUUAUUUUUUUUCUGUUGUUGAAUUUAAAUAAUUCAUUUAUUUUUAUUUUAAGGAAUUUAGAACAAUUAAAAAUCAUAUUCAAAAAGCUGAUUCAUCCCAUCUGACUCAUAGUAGAAACUCAUCAAUGGAUAGUAGUUCUAUUAGCACUAGUGAUUAUUUUCAUUUUUCUUUAGAUAAAUCACCAUUUGACAAUGAUUGUAGCACUGUUUAUAAUGAAGAUAUAUUGGAUACAGAGGUAGUAUAAUAUGCAAAUAAUUAUUUGCAUAGUAAUGAUUAAAAAUUUCAUGAAUUUUAAAAAAAAAUCUAGAUAGAUGGAAAUAGUGUUUGUAGUGAUGACACCAAUAACAGUUAUGAAGAAGUAGACAAUUAUAAUAUUCAAGCAGAGAAUUAUGAUCGGCCACCUUUACUAACAAAUACAACAUUAACAGUGAUGAGACACUGUGGAAAGUAUUUAAAAAUAUGUGGCAUUUUAAAAUCAAUAUCAGAAGAUGUAGUCACAUGUUUAUGUCAAUUGUUUGAAUAUUAUUUAUACUCUGUACAUUUGUUAUUCACUUCUGAUGUGUUGGUGUGUGAACAAAAAUUGCAUACUGUAAUAUUUUUAAUCAUGGACUUAUCAUAUGGUGUUUUUAGCCUCAAAUAUGCUUGGGUGUAAAUAGUGUAAAACUUCAAUCUGUAAUAACAAGGAUAUGUAACACUUUGAUCCAACGUAACCAUGAAAAUGAAACAGGCCAAGAUUUUAGUGUGAGUGUUUUUAAAUUUAUUUCUUUUUAGUUUAAAAAUUAAUAUAAAUUGCAUAAUCAUUUCUAAUUCAUUGUCAUAUUUUUAUUUUUAUAAGACCUAAUUCUUACAUAGUACCUAUGUGUUGUAAACAAGUAAUAUAGACAAAAAAUGCUAUAAGAUUCAUUAGGUUUAAAUACAUGUUGACAAAUUUGAAAAUAAUAAUAUUUUUGAGAUGUUAACAAAAUACUUAUAACUAUUUAAGUUAAUCCAAAAAAUUAUUAUGUCUUACUUAUAUUAAGUUAUAUAAAAUUAUGAUUAUUUUUAUUUUUUCAAAAAUAUUCUCAUUUUCAUCUUUGAUAAUAGAUAUUUAGUAUUUAGGGCGUCAAGGUUAUAUUUGCUGUUUGUCUAUUUAACACAGUGAUUCCCCACCUCUUCUAUGCUAUGUCCCCUUUGUAGAUUUCCAAAAAUCUCGUGUUCCCCCCUCUCCUAUAAAAUGAAUCAUACAAUCUUAUUUCUGUGAAGCCAUUAUUUUUAAGUAUGUACACUCGCAACGACUACGUACUAUGACACUAUGUGCACUAUGCAACUGCAAAACAAAACUAAAUUGAGUCUAAACUAAUCUAAUAGCUUUUUCCCCUGACAUCCUUUUAUCGUAUCAAUUAAUUUACAGAUAACGUGGCAUAAAACGUUUUAAUUAUGCGCUGUGGCCAAACAUUAAUAUUCUUUAUCGGUUAUUUGUUAUUUAUAUUCAAUAACGGAUAAAAAAAAAACGGAAAAUUAAUUUUUUUUCUUUACGUUUUAAAAUAAAAAUAAUUUAAUCAAUAAAAGUUGUAUUUCGUAAUAACUGCUUGCGCCUCCUCAGCAAUGUGUAUAUGCCCCCCAGUUUGGGAACCAGUGAUUUAACAGAUAAUAUAGCAAAAAUAAUUCCUAUAGUAUUGAGGAUCUAAUAAUCAUAAAACGAAAAUUAUUUAAGCAAAUUAGAGACUACAACAUUUAUAAUGCUCUCAUGUGGGAAUUUUUUGAUUCCUAUUUCUUUUAAACUUUUUAAAAAUAUAUAUCUUUUAUCUUUAACAUUUUUGUUUAAUGAAUAUAUCAAAAAAUCCCUACACAAAAUAAAUUUAAUAAUUAAGAAAUAGUUUUUGUUUUAGGUCUAUUUUAUCCUGGGUAUUAUUGAGUAUUGGAAAUACAAAAACACACUUAUACUAUAUUGCCCAUUCAGUAGACAGUAACAUAAAACUAUAAUUUGGCACUUUCUUAAGUCUAUACUCUAUACUAUCACUUCAAAAUUAAAAUAUAAGUAGAUAGAAAAUCCUAAAUUAUUUACUUUUAUAUCCCAGUGUUUGAAAUAUAAUAAUGUGUAUAAUAUACAUAUGUUAUAGUAAAUGUUUUAAAAUUGACAAAUGAUAUUAUAUUUAUCCUUUUUUUCUAUAUUAAAACCAAUUGUGUGCUGUUAGUUUUAACAUUAUCAUAACACAACGUUGGAUAUUUGAAUUUUUAAGCAAGUUACAAAUAUCUAAAAUAUUACAAUUUUAAAAUCAUGCUAUCUCAUUUAAAAAUUAAAAUAUAAAAAAAAACUAGCAUACAUACACAAAAAAUAUUUUCAGCUUUAAGCUUGAUAACAGACCAAUAAACUCUAAUAUUAAAAUACAGGUAUAUUAUAAAUUAUGUUUAUAUAUAAAUAUAAUAACAUUUACCAUAACAUAUAUAUAUACAUAUUUUUUUAUGAGCUAUGCCAUGUUGUUUUUUGUGUGAAUAUUAUAUUAUAUAUUAAUAUAUUUUAGAUUCAAGAACCUGUGGCUUUGCACAUGUUAAGUCUAUCAGAUAUAAACAAUUUAUAUGGUAUUUCUGAACGAAUUGUUGCUGUAGAAUCUUUAGUAUUUUUAGGAGAACAAUACAAAUUAUUACGUUCAUACUUGACCACUCUAUUAGUAUCAGAUACAAGCAGUUAUUCAUUACAGCAAUUUUAUAAUCAAGUAUGCAGUUAUUCUUGUAUUAUAAUAGUAGCGACCUGGUUGUCAAAUUAACUAUUCUGUAUAUCUAAUCUAGAAAAUUAUAAGAAAUAAUAAUUUAUUUUUUUUUUCAUUUAAGUUUACAGGGAUUAGUAUUUUAUAUAAUAUAUCAAAACCUAUUUAAAACAUGAAUAUUUUACAGGCAUAACAAUUUUAAAUAUUUUUCAAAAAAGUUAUUGGUCCUAAAGUCUUAAUAUUUUUAAAGAAGAUAUUAUAAAUAAUUUGUUAUCUUUUUAAUUAUUAUAAUUCUAUACCAUUGCUAUUUGGCUAAAUUAGAAUUUUAUGUAAAUAUUGAUAUACAAACCAGAAGUAGAUAAUAUUAAAUUUCCGUUAAAUAUAGUACAAAAUAAUUAUGUGUAAAAUGUUUGACAUAUUUUUUAUACAAAUAUUUGUAACUAUCAUAUUAUGUACACAACUGUUGUUUUAUGAUCACAAAUAUUAACACUAAUUUUCAAAAAAAAAAAUUAAAUAAAAUCAAAAUUUGUAUUUAGUUAUUAGAACUUUGGCUAGUAAUCUGUAGUAAAUGUGAACAAAUUACUGAUCUAGAAGAAAUAAUGUAAUAUUCCACAAGUUCUUUAAUAUAUUUAACAAAAAAGAAUAAAUAAGAAAAUAUUUAAAGGGAAACAAUAUAUUAGCAUAAACCUAAAAAAAACUUAUUUAACAUAUUUUUUUAAAGUUUAAAGCAAAGUUUUCAUUUGUUUAAUUGGCAAAUAAAAAAUAGUCAAGUCGCCACUGUAUUCUAGCCUGAUUUUAAUUUUUCUUAAAUUUAGUAGUAAUAGUAAAUAGUUAUAAUGAAAUUUACAACUGUUUGUUCAAGACUGUAGAAGUGGCUAUAGAUUUACGAAAACCAGUAUAUGGCCGUGUAAUUUGUAAAGCUAUUGAUUAUAACCAAGUGCUUGGGAUGAUGGCUAAAGUCAAUUGGGAAGUAAAAGAUAUUAUGUGUGAACACAGCCAAUAUGUUGAUUACUUCCUACAAGUAAAUUUGUACUGGUUUUAAAACAGUUAAUUUAUUUUUUUUGAACUUAUUUUUUUUUUUUCCAGGAACUGCGAGCAUUUUUGAAAACUCUGAAAACAUCCACAUCAAAUUUGUAUUUAAAUGAGAAAAUAUUAUAUUCAAUUUGGGAAGCUAUUGGUAUUUUAGUAUCAUCUGUUUUUAUUGAAGGGUAUAAUAUUUUCUUUAUGUUAAUUUAGUUACAAUCUAUAUUAUAAUUAUUAAAUUUUAUUAUACAGAUUUUCAUUGGCAAAAAAAUGUUCUAAUGCUGGUCGGGCAUUAAUGCAACUCGAUUUCACACAAUUCAUGUCACAAAUAAAUUCAACUUGUCCUAUUAAUCCACUACCACAUAAAAAACUUGUUGAAGUUUACAUAAAGGCUUAUUACUUACCCGAAACAUCAUUAGAAUCAUGGACAAGGGAUCAUCAAGUAAUAUAAAAUAAAUUGAUAUAAGAGAAACACGAAUUGCCUAUGUAUUUGAACAUUUUUUAGGAAUACUCACAUAAACAAUUAUUGGCUGUUAUUAAUUGUGUAUGUCAAAAUAACAAACGCUUACGGCAGAAGUUGACUAAUUCAUUAGAAGAAUCUAUACAAAGAUAAUCUCAUUUUCGUUAUUAUAAUAUAAUAUGUUAGUUAUUUAUUUGUUAACUAUUUAAAAAUAUUUUUUUAUAAAUAAUUUAAAAGGAAGAAUUUGGUGUUGUGUGGAUAUCAUUGUUGUGUGUGCAAAAUAUUUUAUUUAUGUACAAAAUUAACCGAUAUGACAUUUUUGGUAAGUACUAUUGUUCGGAGAAAAAAUAUAAAACUAUUUGAUAAAAAGAUAUUAUUAUUUAAAAGCUACUAAACAAAAUACUAAUUCAGUAUUUGUUUUUCACGGAAUUGAAAUUUACUGGUUCAUUUUUAAUCAGAUUUUUAUAAACGGAAAAAUAGAUUUUCGCACAUACGGGUUUUACAUGCGCUAUGACAAUAUACUCCACUAAAACCAAAUUAAUUCUAUCAUUGUUAAUUUGGAAUCUUCAUAUUAUAUAAUUCUUUCAUUUUUUUAAUGCAUAAUAAAUUACAAAAACAUUGUUAUGCGUUUAUUUUUUACGUUUUUGUUGAUUGUUGUCUAUGAAUUAUGUUAAUUAAAUUUUUUUAUUUUUUAUCUAUUUGAUUUAUAUUUACCUAUGAAUCAACUCUUUAACGUAAUAUAGAAAUAAUGUGGACUAAGCUAAAAGCGCAACUGCAGGGUGAGCUAAUUCUAACCCAAAGAAAUUACAGGGUCUGGAUUAUUUCCCCUUUGGAUCCUAUCUAAUACACAACAAUUGUUAAUUUAUUUAACUUGGU